AUUUUAGUAAACAAAACCCAUUCUCAAAAUGUCAAGUUUAACUUUGGGUCUGUGGAAUUCCAAUCAAUUAAAACGCAUUAAAAUUGAGAAUGUAAACUUGGAUGGCAAAGUGGAAGAGUUUAAAAGUGUGGCCAAAAAGAAUUUGGGUGGAAAUCAUGACAUAGAAUUGUCCUAUUGUGGGGUAAUCAUGGAGGAUGAGAAUACUUUAUCGUCGUACGGGGUGACUCCUGGUGUUAUUGUGUAUGGCUUGGAAAAGAAAAAACCUUUGAUUGAGGUACCAAAGAAAAAAUAUACAGAGGUUGAUGUACAACAAAUUGUUGUGGCUUUUAAGUCUUUUACAAUGUCGAGUGGGUACAGAAAUGCCUUGCAGCGGUUAUCAAGGGUUGAAGUUCUGGACAAAAUAAAAGCUGCCAUUCCAGGUUUAGGCGAUGAUCCUGUAGCUUUGGCAAUAAUCCAAGACCCUGAGCUUAUCGUGCACAUGUCGGACCCUGAUACGGUCCGUAAAGUAUCGGAAACGCACCCUGUCUUAAUUGAAGCUGCAAAUUACAUAGCUGCACAUAUCAGAGAAGAACACACAAUGAAUCCUCUACAAGCGGGAACAAGCACUGGGUAUUCUUACUCCUUGGAAGCCCUAUCAGACGAUGAUGACUUGGAUUCGGACACAAACAUGCAACAGCACCCUCUAUCGCGAAAUUCCUCUUAUAACGCCAUAACAGCUGCGCAGCUAGCAGCUGCCAUAGCAAACGCUACAAAUACCGCAUUUAACACUAACAGUGCUGGAAUGCCGACUACUCCCAGCGGUAGCAGUCUGAUAACCAAUGAGAUGUUUAAUAGUGCAAUGCAACAUGCUUUUACUACAGCUUCGGAACCCUCUUACCCCAUGCCAAUGACUCCCACGGAAGAUAUAAGGACGAGGUUGCAGCCCCAGCUGCAGCAAAUGCAUGAGUUGGGGUUGUUGAAUGAUAUGGUCAAUGUAAGGGCUUUGCAGGUUACUGGGGGGGAUGUACAGGCUGCUAUUGAACUUGUUUUUAAUGGUACCAUCGAUUGAUGCGUUUAAUUUUGGAAUUUAUUGUGUUGUAUGUAAUAUUUGCUUUAAUUUUAUUUGUAAUAAAUUAAAAUGUACCCAAA